CUUUUGCAGGCUCUUGUGUUUGUUUUAAUUUUGGCAGGCCUGCAGCCAAGUCUGGGAGGGUUUCCUGGAUAGAGGUCUUUGCGGCUGCUGCCUUAAGACAAUCAGCCUGGGCCACCACUGCCACUGCGUCCUGACCAGACCUGCAGCCAGCGGCAACAGCAGCCCUUGCCCGCACAGCAGCAUGGAGCUCUGGGGGGCCUACCUGCUCCUCUGCCUCUUCUCUCUUCUGACCCAGGUCACCGCUGAGCCCCCAACCCCCAAGGUCAAGAAGGCUGCAAAUGUCAAGAAAGAUGCUGUGGGCCCGAAGAUGCUUGAGGAGAUCAAGAGCCGGCUGGACAACCUGGCCCAGGAGGUGGCCCUGCUGAAGGAGCAGCAGGCUCUGCAGACGGUCUGCCUGAAGGGCAUCAAGGUGCACAUGAAAUGCUUCCUGGCCUUCACCCAGACGAAGACCUUCCACGAGGCCAGCGAGGACUGCAUCUCGCGCGGAGGCACCCUCGGCACGCCGCACACGGGCACGGAGAACGACGCCCUGUACGAGUACCUGCGCCAGAGCGUGGGUAACGAGGCCGAGAUCUGGCUGGGCCUCAACGACAUGGCGACAGAGGGCACCUGGGUGGACAUGACCGGCGGCCGCAUCGCCUACAAGAACUGGGAGACGGAGAUCACCGCGCAGCCGGAUGGCGGCAAGGCCGAGAACUGCGCUGCCCUGGCGGGCGCGGCCAACGGCAAGUGGUUCGACAAGCGCUGCCGCGACCAGCUGCCCUACAUCUGCCAGUUUGGGAUCGUGUAGCCAGAGGGGGUGGGGCUGAGAGGGCCGGGCCGGCGGGGAGGGGACUUGGGGAGGGCCGGGGUCGUGGGAGCCGGGCGAAGGUCGCGCUUGGAGCCUCCUUUCGCAAAUAAAGUUGGUGCAGCUUCGCGGGAGG